AUGUCCACUGCAGACCACGGCCGAGACCCCUGCCCCUAUGUCAUUUUGAACGAUUUCGGAGGAGCGUUCGCGAUGGGUGCUAUUGGUGGUGGUAUUUGGCACGGUAUCAAGGGUGCUAGAAAUUCUCCUCGAGGCGAACGUCUCCCUGGCUCUCUCUCCGCCAUCAAAGCCCGUGCCCCCGUGCUCGGUGGAAACUUUGGUGUCUGGGGUGGUCUCUUUUCGACAUUCGACUGUGCGGUGAAGGGGUAUAGGCAGAAGGAGGAUCCGUGGAAUGCUAUCAUGGCGGGGUUCUUGACGGGUGGGAGUUUGGCUAUCCGAUCUGGACCGAAAGCCGCGUUGGGAGGUGCUGUCGGAUGUGGUAUCCUGCUCGGUGUCUUUGAAGGUGUCGGUGUUUUGAUGAACAGGAUGUUUGCGCAGCCUAUUCCUCAGAUGCAAUUACCCGAACAAGCUCCCCCACCCACCCCUGCCCUCGCCUAA